UUUCAACUAUUGAAACGUGUUUUCUCAUCAUUUUUUUACGCUUAGAAAUGUUGUUUGUCCCAUACUAAGUUUUCUUAUAUCAAGUACUGCCACAAGUUUGUAGCUCGUAAUGCAUAGCGAAAAGUAGAAAGAACUCAAUAUGAAACCAAAAGGUUACAAAAAAAAAAAAAAAGAAGCAAAACUUAUGGUGAUCACGCUCUGCGAUAAAACUUAACAACAACAUUAAGUAUCUCGCGAAACGAGUGUUUUCUUUUUUUUUUUGUUAACGAAAAUCAACAAAAUCAUAUAAAAUAAGAGCUUUUCUAGUUGAAAAUUCACUUUCGUUUGAAAAACAGUCGCGCAUUAACACAAUUGAUCUGUGGAAACGUUUCAUUGUCAGGCGAGGAGAGACCGCAAUAGUUGCAUUUCAAAGCUUGAAGUAAACACUUGAUACAAUUGAGAAUUAUCUGUAUUUUCUCGUGUGUGUGUGUGUGUGUGUGUAUUAAAUAGUAAAUUUAAAAUUACAUUUAAAUUCAUUGAACACGCAUAAGGAUAAGAUGUAUACAAUCCCAUCAUCAACAAUUGCAAUUUUACUGCUCUUCGUAGGAUUAGCCGGCUGCUAUGCUGAGAAAAACUCGAAAAUUGAAGCCGUUGCGUUUAUGACUGGACCUGCGAAGAACAAUGUUAUACCCACGGGAAAUGUUACCUUCACACAAAAUGCUUGCGGCGAAAAUGUUCAUGUACGAGUUUAUCUCACCGGCAUCGCGCCCGGUAAGCAUGGUUUUCACGUGCAUGAAAAAGGCGAUUUAACUAAUGGCUGUACAAGUUUGGGCGCUCAUUAUAAUCCGGAAAAGCUGACGCAUGGCGGCCGCACUGAUGAGAUACGACAUGUCGGUGAUUUGGGCAAUUUAGAGGCCAAUGAGAACGGUGUUGUCGACACCACUUUUACCGAUCACCUGAUCAGUUUAACUGGUCCACGUACAGUUAUCGGUCGCGGUUUGGUCCUGCACGAGAUGGUCGAUGAUUUGGGCAAAACGACUCAUCCCGAAUCGAAAAAGACGGGUAAUUCGGGAGGACGUGUGACUUGCGGUGUCAUCGGUAUAAAGUAAAUAUCGAGAUAUGUAUGGCUUAGAAAAAAAAAAACAACCGCUACUUAAUAAUUAACCACAAAACAAAAUAAAAGAAAAAUUAAGCGAAAGCGAGUAAAGGUGUUACCAGAUAUUUUCAAAAAUUAGAAAAAAAAACAAGAAACCAAAUAUACUCGAUUCUUAACUUAAAUCAGAGAACAUUAUACACUAACUCUUGAACGUGUUCAGUUUAGCUUAAUAAGGACAAAAAAAAAAAAAAAA